AUGGAAGAGACAGCAUAGAGUAAUUAUAAAAUUGGUGUAAUUUAUAAGAGAAGCAAAAUAUUAAAAAGCUGGAAUAAAAGGUCUAUCGUGCUUAAUUAUAUAAAAGGUACAUUAAGCUUACGUAAAGGCAAAGCAGCAAAAGAAAAAGUAAUUUUACUAGAAAAUUACGAAGUUUAAUGGGUUGGAAAGCCCAAAAAAUCUAAAGUUUACUACUUCAAUUUGAAGGCAGUAAAAGAUAUUAGCAGCUAGAAGUAUAAACGUGUUAUAAUAGGUGAUGUAAAUGAGUAAAACGCGCAUAUGUGGAUGGAAGAAGUAGAAAAAAUAAUAGACAAAAAUUACAUUGUCCAAGCUGUUGGAGGUCUAACUCCUUACUAAUUGUCUUAAAAAUAGAAAGAGUUAUCUCUACAACAAAAUGGAGAGCAGAAAAAAAACUAGGUCUAUCAAAAGAAUGGAAUGCUCGGAGUUCCUCCUACUUCUUAAUUUAUGAAUAAUUAAGGAGGUGCUCAAAAUUCUUUGAAAAAUGAUAUUCCUCUAAAUGGAAAUAAUGUAAUUAAUCUAAAUGGUAAAAAAAAUGGAAAUGGAAAUGGACGCCAAGUAGUCAACAUCAACAAAGAAGAAGACUACGAUGAAUUAAUUAAGUAGUUUGAAAGCUGUUGUUAGUAUGGAGAAAAUAAUGCUGAUGAAUACGAUGAGAGAAAACCCAAUGAAAGAGGACUCUUCAUCCCUAAUUUCAAUGUUAUAUAUAACAUUUAAUUCAUGCCAGACACUAUCUAAGAUAACCCAGGCAUUGAAUCCAUUUACGAAAACGCUCCCGAGUCUAUCAAAGAAGAAGUUUAGCAAGUCUUAGAAGGUUACUACAAGAAACGUAAACACUUUUUGGAGGCUCUCUAUGCAAAGGUGAAUUGCGAAUAAAUAGAAAAAAAUUUAUAUAAAAAUGAAGAUAACUAUGUACUAGUAUAAGAAGUUCCAGAUAUGAAGCCAAUAGAAGUAUAUGAGGAAAUAUAAACCCCUUCAACUAAUGAGCAUUGGAAUUCGCUUAUAGGUGGUUACUAGCUAUAACCAGCAAGUCAAAAUAACAAUGAAACAAGAAAUUUAAGCUUGAUUUCAUUUAAUUUCAAGUAUGACAAGGGAGAAAACAAAUUAGUUGAUAAAGAUAUUGUUUCUUAUAGAUAUUCCAUAUAAUUUGCAAAUGCUUAUUUUAUAUGGGAAUUUUGGCACUUAAGUAAGCAAGUAGAUAAGAGCAUUGAAUCAGAGCUUUAAAACAAAAUGCAAAAUUUAUUUAUCAUAUUUCCUGACCCCCAAAAUAACAACUCUACUAUGCUGAUUAUAAGAUCUAAAUUUACUUUCUAAAACGAAGAUUAAAAGUAGCAAGGAUAAAAUAUUAUGAGGUUCUUGAAGGGAUUUGAAACUAUAAGCAAAUGUCUAUUACCUUUAAGCAUAGCUUAGGAUAUCAUAGUUGAGUGUAAUGCAGAACAAGAAGAUGGAGAUAAUGCUGAUGAAGUUGACUCAUAAGUAUUCAUUAGCAUCAGAAUAGACAGGCCUGUAACCACUGGGAAUGCAGAAGAUGAAUACACCGUCUAGCAAAUCGACUAAAUCCUUGAAAAGAUAGAAAAGAAAUCACAUAUAAAUGAGUGUAUAAAAGCUAAACACGAAAUGAGAAUUGUUUCAGGAAUUUACUAAGUGGUGAAAUCUACAAAAGAAAAAGGGCAUUAUUGUUGGAAGCACGAUUACAGAAGAGAUGAAAAGAAAGGUGGACUUACUUACCAUAAUGAAAAACUGAUGAAAGAAUAAAAAGCAGUCAUCAUGAUGAUGAUCAAAAGAAUAGGAUCAAAUAUUUUAAAUGGAAGAGGUAUUAUGAAUAUAUCUAUGCCAGUAUAGGUAUUUGACUCUAAGUCUAUGAUAUAAAGACUUGCUAAGGGAUUCGGACAUGCACCAAACUUCCUUGAAAAGGGUGGAUUGGUUAAUAGUAGUAUCGAACAGAUAAAGUACACAGCAUCUUUCUUACUAUCUUCAUUCAUCAUGGGUUUCAACUAAGAAAAACCAUUUAACCCAAUUAUUGGAGAAACUGUAUAAGCAAGACUUAAUGGAUGUCCUAUUUAUUUCGAGCAAACUUCCCAUCAUCCUCCUAUUUCCAAUUAUUAUCUUUACGGUAGAGGCUAUGAUCUCUAUGGAUGUCAUAUUCCUUUGGUUAAUAUGGGAGCUAACUCCUUGACUGGUUUACUUGCUGGUAAUCCCACAGUUUAUUUUAAAAAUACUUAAAAUAAGGUCUAUGCAAUUUGGAAUAGCUUUAACUUGUUUAACACAGCUAUUGGUUAGAGAUCUCUCAACUGUUUCGGUAGAGCAUAUGUUUGGGAGCCUAAAAGUAAUUUAGUUUUAGAGCUGAUAUAUAAUCCAAAUGGAAGUUCAGGGCUUAGCUCUCUCUUCUCAAAGAAAUCCGUAAUAGAUGAAGUUUCUGGUGCUAUCUACAAAGUGAAGCCACAUGUAAUUAAAAUGCUGCAGGAAGCUCACAAACCUAUGGCUAAAAAGGGUGAAUUAGCAUUAGACCUUAAUAACGAUGUUUUGCAACUUAUUUCUAAAGCAGAAGGAAUUUGGUGUAGAUAUUUAGAAUUCGAUGGAAUGCGCUAUUGGGAUGAUAGCAAGGAUUUCCCUUAUAUGUGUGAAUACGAAAUGAAUCCCCUUCCUUCUGAUUCCAGAUAUAGAUACGAUUUGCUUUACUUCCAGAAAAAUGAUAAAAAGAAAUCUUAAGAUAUGAAAGAAGAAAUGGAAGAAGCUUAAAGAUAUGACUAAAAGAUUCGUGACCUUGGUAAAAAAAAUAGGAAAAAAUAAUGA